CAAAAUAAUCGGGUGUCUCGGUGUCUUGGCGCUGCCCGCAAAAACGUGUGAUGUCUCGGCUGCCCGCCGCUUCUUUACGAUGAGGCAGAAACAUCAGUAGAGCCACCGACGCAGAAUCAUCAAUAGGUUCCGCCUCGGGCUGCCCUUGGACGAGACACAGCCCACGACAAAAGCACACCACACCAGGCACACAAUGGGCGGUCCGCCCCCCUGCGUGACGCCAUCAACGGGUGGUCCACGCCGCGACAGCCUGCCUUUCUCGGAGACGGGGUCGCUGGGCGACAGCCUCGCCGACGACUCGCCGGUAGUCGAGUUCUUCCGCGAAGAAACGAAGGAAGAGCCCCCGGCGCGCUCGUGGCUCGGUGGGCUCGGCGCGUACUUCAAGCCGACGCGCGCGCCGCCCCAAACCGAAGCGCCGAGGCCACCGCCGCCGCCGGUCGACGGCUACGAGGACGACUCGCCGCCCAGCCGCCACGACACGCCUCCAUUAUUAAUGCGGCACGCGCCCAAGGCCGCGCUGGACGUCCAGCUCUCGAUGCGCAGCUCGGCGCUGGCGAAAGCCCUCGACAAUGACGAGGACGACGAGUCGACGGCGUCCGAGGCCUCGUCGGCGACGGCCGAGCCCGUGGACUCCGGCGAAGAGGCCGUCCUCGCCGCCAUGUCGCCUGUGAAACGGCUAGAGACCAUGCCUUUGAAAAGGCCGGCCUCGCCCUUCGCCGCCGUGGCGCCGAUAGCGUCGCCCGCGGCAAUUCUAGAACGGGCGCUGCCGAACCCGCCGACGCCGCCGCGUCGGCCGGUGGCGCGCCGCACGCCCGUGGUGAUACCGCAGCCGCGGCCGACGGCCUGGGUCACGGGUGAUGGCCACAUGACCUACGCGCGGCCGGUGCCGCGCCGCUUCGAGCUGAACGCCGCGGCGCUCCCGGCCGUCGGCGACGCCGGCGAGGACGCGGACGCCCUCUACUCGCCCACGGCGCCCCUGCCGCGGCCGACGGCCUGGGUCACGGGCGGCGGCGCCCUGACGUACCAGAGCCCCCGGCGCCGCUCCGAGCCGCUGCAGCCCGCGGAGCUUCCGGCGGUCGGCGCGGCGGGCGAGGACGCGGCGACGCUCUACUCGCCCGCGGCCGCCGUGCCACGGGCGCGGCUGGCCCAGACCGCGACGGCGACGCUCUUCCACCUGCCCGCGGGCCCGGAGGCGCCGCCAGCCGUCGUGCGAGUCUCGGACAUGGGGCCGACGCUGGAGCAGUCGGCGACGUCCAUGCUGCUGCAUAUCCCCGCGGCAGUGCGGCGACCGCCGGCGGAGCCGCUCGAGAGCCGCUCGCUCGCCGUCGCCGACGCCGUUCGACCGCCGAAACCGCAGCCGCGGCCCACCGCCUGGACCGUCGGCGACGGCGCCCCGGCCUACGUUUGUAAAGCGGUGCCCCCCGGGACCGGCGUGCGGGUCGCGGCGCCGCCGGCGCCGCCAUCACCAAAACCAACAGCAUGGGUCGUCGGCGCGGGCAGCGCCGCGCGCGUCGGCGACGCGCUGCCGCCUGGCCGCGGGUUAUUCCAGUCGCCGGCGGCGCCGAAGGCGCGGAAGCGAGCACCGCUGUCGCCGAAGCCGACGGCGUGGGUCGUCGGCCGCGGCACCACCGCUCUGGUAGGCGACGCGCUGCCGCCGGGCACCGGCGUAGUGGAGGACCAGCACGCCGCGGCGAAGACCUUUUUGAGAGCCCAGAUCUCGAAGUACGAGGCGUCUCAACAGAAAACGCCCGCCUCGCCGACGGAGCCCGUGGGCGCGCCCGAGCUGCCGCCGACGCCCGUCACGGACUCUCCAUCUAGGGACGUCGAGGCCGAGGCGCCCGACGCGAGCGAAGCGGCGCGCAUCGUCGCGGCGCCUUCGGUAUCGCCCCGCCGCGACUGGGCUAAGAAGCGCUGGAACCCCGCGUCUCCCACAAAGCAGAACGCGCCGGUGACGCCGCCGUCCGGCGCGCGGCAGUGGGCCCAGCGCCGGUGGAAUCCUACCACGGCCGACACACCCGCGGACACACCUGCGGAGGAAACGACGUCGCCGCCCUCCGGCGCGCGCAAGUGGGCCCAGAAUCGCUGGAACCCCUCUACUACACCGUCCUUCUCCGAGGCCGGCGACACGCCCCAACGACGGCGCCGCUGGUCGACGCCGCCCCAAAAAUCUUCCGAGUUAAUUACGCCCAAGCGGCGGUCCUCCUCGAUAAAGCCGAGCGACGCCAUCUCGGCCAAAAUCGCUUCUCUACAGCAGGACGCGACCCCGAAUCACGUGGAGAAGGAAUCGAUCAGUGAAGUCAAGGCGACGCCAAACAUCAAAUCCCGCAUGGCGAUGCUCCGGGAGGCGUCCCAGGUCCAGAAAAGUACAAUAGAGGACACGGGACUGGGCGUAAAGUGGCGCCGCGAGUCUCUGGUAGCGUCGAUGGAGAAGACGGCCGCGCCUCUGAUCGACGCCAAAAGUGAAUUACGAAACGUCGCGACGGACGGCCCUAGUCAGUUACUCAGGCAGCGGUCGCAACAAUUAGAGGUGCAGUCCAUUCGCGCGGCCUACGAUGAGAGGAGGCGGCCUACUCGUCGUAGGGCAGCUAGGUUGGAUGGGGCUUCCGUAUUUACGUCUCCUGGCCCGGUUUCACCGCCGAAGCAGGAAAGUCCGUCCUACGUCGAGAUCUCCGAGGGUACUGUUUCUUCUCUAUCCCAGAACUACAACGAUCUUAUUGCAAGAACAUUAAGGGAAGCGCGGGAAGCAAGGGACCGGCUCGCGAACAACGAUGAUGACGCGGCUAGACGAAGAAGGGUGCAAGCGAGAGAAGCGGAACGGAUCCGCAAGAAGGCCGAGUUGUUAAGAAACGCCUGCGAGCAGCCGAUGAUCCUGAAUACGGCUUCCAAUCCGUGGGCUUUGCGGGUCGAUGCGACUUGCCCCACUCCCGGUGCCACACUCCAUGUGUCGCUAGAUGGUGGCAAACACUGGCACACGAAACACGCCGUCGAUUCAAACACGGCCACUCUCUCGCUAGACGUCGACGACGACGAAGAACGGGUCGUGCUCGCCUAUGCCACAAAGACGGGCAACGCGCCUUCCGAUGUGGCCUCGAUGGCCUUCUCGCGCGAGCCGCCGCGCUACAUUCUACACGAAGCGCACGCUUUCGAAUUGUGUUUGAGGGGCCAUGCUACGUCUGGUAAGAGGUGCAUCGUGUGUGGCCUAGACGCGAAUGAUUCUGAUGAUUACACCGACGAUAACGUGGUGGUGUGCAAGAAAUGUGCACUCGCACCUUUAGCGGCGCGCUUCGGUGGCGUUCAAGCAGGAUUGUAUGAAGGCGAGGCCGACCCCACCAAAGCGGCGUGUUGUGUGGCGGUGGACGCGGCGGCGCAUCGGCUCUGGCUUUCAGGUCCGGUGCACUUCGAGGGGAACCGCGACGUGAUCGUCGACGCCUCCUUCACGUUGUUAGAUCAGCUCGCUUCCGUUCUGAAAAAGCAUCCUUCCAUAGCCAUUCGCCUCGAGGGCCACACCAAUUCCAAAUGUGGCCUACAGUGCGAUGGUAGUUAUGUGUGCGCGAACAACCGGUGUGCCAAGGACUUUGGGGGGAGUGGUGGCGCGUCGGCGUUCUCUCGGCGACGGGCCGAGGCCGUCGCGCGCUACUUGGAAGAAGCUGGUGUUUCGAGUGAAAGGGUCCACGCCGCGGGCCUUGCUGGCUCGAGGCGCCUCGUCGACGACACGGAGGGGCCCCUGAAGCACCUGAACCGGCGCGUCGAGGUGCACACGGUGGCUUUUUAAUUUCCUUUGCAUUGU